AUGGAUCACAACAAUGAGAGACUGAGUGAACCCAUCGAUCAGCUCAACAAUCGUUCAUCGAGUAUUCUUGUCGUCAUGAUGGACUUUUUCAAAGAAUUAUUCAAUUCUUCUUUUAAAAAGAAAUCCAAAUGGUUUUCCAUGUAUUAUUUAUUUGAUUGGAUUUUAUCAUUCAUUGGAGUCAUUGUCAUUGAAUUAGUAUUUGGAGCUUAUUUUGGAGGGAUUGAACCACCACAACGAUAUGCAGUUUAUAAAGAUAUGACCGAUUCCACUAUUUCAUUUCCAAAUUUAGAAAGUAUCGUACCUGAUUACAUGCUCAUUUCUUUGAAUACACUCAUACCUAUUAUAUUGAUAUUAAUAUUUCAAAUUAAAUAUAAAAGUAUUCAUGACAUUCAUCAUGGAAUAUUAACAUGGUUUGAAACAUUUGCAUUAACGAUUUGUGUGACAGAUGUGAUGAAAGUAGGAGCUGGAAGAUUGAGACCUGAUUUUUUGAGUCGAUGUAUACCAUCACCAUUGGAUGGGAAAUGUACAAAUGAUAAUCUUUCAUUGGUUCGAGAUGGUAAAUUAUCAUUUCCAAGUGGACAUUCUUCUCUCAGUUUUGCAUGCAUGAUGUUUUGUGUCUUGUACAUGAUGAGCAAAUUUAAAAUUUAUAGUUCACAACAAGUGAUCAGUCCUACUAAUAAUACCACUACGACGACAAAGAUGGCUACUAGCAGUACUACUACUACUACGAAUACUGUCAAUACAAUCUCUUCGUAUGGUGGAAAUGCAUCAUUAUGGAAAUUACUUGUGUGUCUUUCUCCAUUAGCACUUGCUGCAUUUAUUGCCAUUUCAAGAACAUUGGAUUAUCAUCAUAAUUUUAGUGACAUUUUAGGUGGAUGUGUGUUGGGAUUAUUCAUUGCACCAUGUUGUUAUUUUUUGAAUUAUCCAUCUCUCUUUGCAUUGAAUUGUGAUGUUCCAUUGAAUCGAUAUUAUUUGAAUGUGAUGGUUGAUUCAUAUGCUCUGAGUGAAGAAGAACAUGUUCGUACAUUGGAAACAACAACAAACCACACACAAGAUGAAAAUAUUCUUGUAUUGCACAAUGUUCCAAAUCAAACCAUAACAGGAGGUAGCGCAAAUAGGAGCAAUGGUGCAAUGACCAAGAGAUCUCUAUCCGUUCAAGAUCAAGUGGUUUAA